AAUUAGUACAAGUACACUAUAUGUGACUCUGGACCACAAAACCAGUCUUAAGUCGCUGGGGUAUAUUUGUAGCAAUAGCCAAAAAUACACUGUAUGGGUCAAAAUGAUCGAUUUUUCUUUUAUGCCAAAAAUUAUUAGGAUAUUAAGUAAAAAUCAUGUUCCAUGAAGAUAUUUUGUAAAUUUCCUACCGUAAAUAUAUCAAAACUUGAUUUUUGAUUAGUAAUAUGCAUUGCUAAUAACUUCAUUUGGACAACUUGGUGAAACAGGUUUUAAAAUAAAUGACCCUUAAGGGUUUAUAAGUUUAUAGUGUGCCGUGUGAUAAGCGGGGGGACUUUGUUGUUUUUUAGACUUUAAUAAGAAAUAACAUUCUCUGGUAGAUAUAUACAAGAAAGCGUAAUUAACAGAAGCUUAUUUUUAACCAGGCAAGUCAAAAGGUUCUUCUUUUCAACUUAUGCGCGUGCGCAGUGUUGUGUGUGUAUGUGUGUACCAUAGACUGUAAAAGAGUGUGUACAGGUGGAAAAAACUUCGUGACAUUUGAUUUAUGUCAUGGAUUCAGGGAUUUACAGUCCCAAUGCUGACUGCUCUCGUCUCGUAAACGGCUGCUGAUCUGAGGUCAGACCGAGCGGAUAGUUUCGCGCUUGCAGCGUGUUGCUGUGCAGAUCGAAGCGCGCGCGGAGCUGAGGCGGAGGCGGAGUCUCGGCUCGGUUUCUAUGGCGACCGGCCGCUUGUAAAUAGCGUGUUUUCUUCUCCAUGCGAACUCAAACACAUUCUCACGGUGCGCGGACACACGGCUCCAUCUGUCCGUCAGACUCACACGACAACACACAGCGCCGGUUAUUUGACAAAUUUCGAUCUCGGGAAGUUGCUAUUUGCGUGCGCUUUCAUUUUUUUUUUUAUCAUAAAGCAAAUAUUUGGAUGAGACAUUGGAAGAGAUGGAGAAGUAUGAGAAGAUCAGUAAGAUCGGCGAAGGCUCGUACGGCGUCGUGUUCAAGUGCAGGAAUAAAGACACCGGACAGAUCGUUGCCAUCAAGAAGUUUGUGGAGUCUGAGGAUGAUCCCAUCAUUAAGAAAAUAGCGCUCCGAGAAAUCCGCAUGCUGAAGCAACUGAAACAUCCAAACCUAGUGAAUCUGAUCGAGGUGUUCAGAAGAAAGAGAAAACUGCACCUGGUGUUUGAGUACUGCGACCACACAGUCCUAAAUGAGCUGGACAGAUACCCAAGAGGCGUUCCAGAGCACAUGGUUAAAAGCAUCAUCUGGCAAACACUUCAGGCUGUGAACUUCUGCCACAAGCAAAAUUGUAUCCACAGAGAUGUGAAGCCUGAAAAUAUUCUCAUCACCAAACAUCAGGUCAUCAAACUCUGUGACUUUGGCUUUGCCAGGAUCCUCACGGGUCCAUGUGAUUAUUACACGGAUUAUGUAGCGACGCGGUGGUACCGAGCUCCAGAACUGCUAGUAGGAGACACGCAGUACGGCCCGCCAGUGGACGUCUGGGCAGUAGGCUGUGUGUUUGCAGAGCUGCUCUCUGGUGCCCCUUUAUGGCCGGGCAAAUCCGAUGUAGACCAGCUGUAUCUGAUCAGGAAAACUCUGGGCGAGUUGAUUCCUCGACACCAGCAGGUGUUCAGCACUAACCAGUUCUUCAGUGGAGUUUGUGUCCCUGAACCUCAGGAGACGGAGCCUCUUGAACUGAAGUAUCCAAAUAUCUCGUACCAGGCGCUGAGCCUCAUGAAGGGUUGUCUGCGGAUGGACCCGGCUGAGAGGUUGUCCUGUGAGCAGUUACUGGAGCUGCCAUACUUUGACAGUCUGAGAGAAGAGAGCGAGAGUGUGACACGUGAACUGGACCGCAAGAGACGCACACGCCAGCCACGGAAACACCUGCCUCCUGGGUAUCUGCCUCAGCUGGCCAGCAGUACUGUCUUCCCAGCCGUGGAAAACAGAAAAUACUACAACAACCUGCGCAAAUUCAACUAUCAUCUACCCAACAUAUGAUGGACGUCGACUCAUCAGGAACCCGAGAACCGACCGACCGACCACCUCCCAGCUGGUGUGUGAGUGUGUGUGUGUGUGUUUGUGUGAGAGAGAUAGACAAAGGGCUCUGCUCUGCCUGUAGAACAAUGAUGUCACACUGCCAAAGCAAAGACUCACAGAGGCAUUUCUGUAAUAUGUAAAAUGACAACAGCAAUAAUAAUAGCGUUAAAGCUGAAUGCUGUGUUUGAUAGUUUGAUUAGAAACUGACUUCAGUGCUAUAGAGGAGUUUGCUCUGUGGGACAGAUUUUUUUUACCUCUAUUAGAUCCAGAUGUUUUACUUAUUUAUAGAUCCUAAUGAUGUUUGAAGUGUGUAUAUGUGACUAAAAUCAUUUCUAGAGACGUAACCAGACCCAGACAGAAUCAACAAACAUUUCUUUCAGAUUUUCUGUAGAUAAAAGACUGGAAUUUUGCAGUAUGGAUUUUAAAUCAGAAUUCUGAGUUGCUGAAAGCAUGAUCAAAUUAGCCAAAAUAUUUAAUAAAUGAAGUGUUUUGGGGUGUGUAGAACUUGUUUGAAAUGUGCAGAAAUCUUUCUGUGUGGGUCUGGACAUAACCCUGUAUUUUCUUUUAACAUUUAUCACCCCAUUGUGUACAUAAUGAUCUUUUUGUUGCCUUUAUGAGCGGUGCUAAUAAUUGAGCCACUGACUUGCACCAAAUGCCAAAUUCAAUGUGAUUUGCAAAUGUGUUUUUUGUGUUAAAAUAGAUGUAAAAAUGUAAUAGUUUUUGUUGGUUUUCAGACUAAAUCAUUAAAGAUCUUUGUGCAACAUA